AUGCAGACCCACAACCCCGACUCCCACGUAUCUCGGAUCCCAGUAUCUGCCAGCCGUUCGAAACUGCGGCCCCGCGGCCCCGACGGCAAGGUCAUGGACCCGAAAACCGCUCAGCCGACUACCCCUGAGGCUCGCGCAGUGACGCCUGAGCUCACCUAUGCUCGAGUUGUCUCCCCGGCCUUGGCCGUUACUUCCCCCCAGCCCGUCAACGCGUCCAUGACCGUUGGCGGAGACAACGCCGAAAGGCCAGCCCGUGCAAGCACGGAUACGCUAUCCCCGAACAAGAGUAUCGGUCACCGAUCCGCGGAGGCGGAGACGGGCACCGUUAGCGAUGGCGAUGGUCGCUGGACGGUGGCAUCUGGCCGCCGUACCCGGACCCACAGAGAGGAGCCUGGCGAAAGUGCCAGCCGCCCUGUUAGUCGUAUCAGCAAUGUAGAAGUGUUACGAAAUGACAGUAACGUUACUUCCAUCAUCGAUGAAGCCGCUCAGAGCAUGUCUCCGGAGAUGCUGCGGCUGAUCGCCCAACGCUACGCCAAGAUGGCGGAGGCGGCUGGAGCGAAUGCUCACGCAGGUAAAAAGACCAAAGCGGAGCCCAUCUCCGAGGCCCUUACGGGCUCGGAAGCCAGGCAGGCCUACGAGCCUCAAGUAUCUCCUGACGAGGAGGUAACUAUCCUGGAUGACGCCGACGAGAUCGCAGAAUCGGCUAGCGUUACCGAUGUCGAGUCAAACGCUGAUCAGGCUUUGAGCGACGCGGGUUCGGUCAUCGCGGGGCACGAUUCCGACGAAGAGUCGAGCUCGAAUGGUGAUGACACUGACUCCUACCUCCACACCGCCGCGGGCUCCUCGAGGGACAAAGGCAAGGGAGUUGAUCCCCGGAACUGGGGAGACAUUGAAUGGGAGGAAGGGGAGAUCGAUCAUCAAAAGAGCGCACUGAAGUUCUUUGAGCUACGAAAGCGAGAGCAGCAGAAAUGGGACCGAACCCACGUCGAGCCGGCCAGGACAUCCCUCGAAGGUCCCCCAAUCAGUGGGCCGACCCCCAAGAAAGAGGAUGGAGCCGGGGCUGGGCUCGUCACUGGUCAGGCGAAUGAUAUCCUUGAAAGGGGAUUCGUCCGCGAGUUCUUGCGCAUGCGUGAUCGCCUGGCUGAGUUUGAGAGGCAGGAAGAAUUGCGCCAGGAGAUCGACCGCGUGGGCGUGGGCAAACAGCCUAAGAGCGAGAGGAUCAGUGAAAAUGGCAAAGGGCCACACACUGGCUUGCCCUCCGAUGCCCUUAAGAUCCCAAAGCAGGAACAGGUGAGCUCUGCCUCGCGCAAGCCCCGGAUCCAUGCGAAGGGAAGAACUAGUGCUGGGGGAUUCGUGAACAGUGUACUACGAGGCGUCAGUCACCAACCGUCGGACGACAGUUCGAACAGCUCAUCUUCCGACUCCUCGUCCUCAACGUCCUCCCGUGACAACAGCGACUCUCCCGGAGAUGGCUCUAGCUCCGACUCUGACUCAGACAACUCUGGCUCGAGCGGCGAAUCCGAUUCGUCUGGCUACCGGUCGGAGAAGGAGAAAAGGAAAAAAUCUAAGAAGAAAAAGGGCGAUUCAGCGCGCAAGCCGGUGAAGGGUAAAAUGAUUGUGAAACCAAACCCACCGGCGCGUUAUGAUGGCGCGGAGGACUCCGACCGAUUCACUCAGUUCGUAGAUGAAGCGAGCCGUUGGUGUAAGCUCGGGAACGUGCCCAGGGAGCAUCGAGUUGCUAUGGUCGGCGGAUAUCUCGAUGGCGACGCAAAAGACUUCUACAACCGGCGUGUCCGCGGACAGGAGCACAAGUGGGCGCUAAGGAAGUUCUUCCGACGGCUGUUGAAACAUUGCUUCUCGUUAGACUAUCUUCAGAAGCAGAGGAAGCGACUGACUCGUUGCCGCCAGAAUGGCAGAUCGGUCACGAAACAUGUCCUGGAGCUGGAGUCGAUUUUACUUCAGAUUGGGCUGAAAAAAGACCGGGAGCGCGUUGCCCUGCUGUGGGACAGUUUCGACGAGGAUAUCCAAGAGGAGUUGUUCAGGUUUCGCCUUGAUCCUGAGAAAUCAAGCUGGAAGGAUGUAGUGAAAAAAGCACUAAAAUCUGAGCGCUUCCUGAACUUAGAAAAGAAAAGAAAGGGACGCACCAAUCCCUUCAAUAACAGCGCCUCCGGCUCUAACCAGAACCUCCAUGGCCUAUCGCAGAAGGACAAGAGGAAGAGGUUUAUCCCACGAAGGCGGAGCGGAGUCAUCAAGACAGCGGCGGCCACCGUCGAAUCCCCGCAACGUGAGAACGGAUCACGGGCCGCUAAACCGCAGCGGCAUGCCUCAACGACUGGUAACUCGGCGGGAGCCUCCUCGUACCACCAGCGCCCUGCGGGCCCCGAACGACCAUGGGAGCGCCGCUUAUCGCCCCAGAAGCGCGCCGAUUUAAUGGCUAAAGGACUCUGUCUGAACUGCGAGGAGGCGGGCCACAUAGCGCGGAGCUGCCCCAAACUCACAACGAUGAAGUCUAAAAUAAAGGGAAAGCCCCCAGAGUUUGGAGCGCACGGUGUCAGCGUCCGCCUAGCCUCCCUUGGGGAGACGACGGAAGUUCUAGAAUCGAUAGGUGUAUCUAGUCUAUCUUUUUCUGAAGUCCGGGAGGGCAGGGACACCCUGAAUGAUUUUAGUUCGGAUUCAGACGCGGAUAGCACGAAUUACUCAACGGUAGACCCUCAAUGUGACUCAGAGCUGGACGAUACUAGCCUUAUCAAUGACUUCAGCCGUCUGUCCAUACAAUCCACGGGACCGAAAGUCCGGCCCCAACUAGGCAUAAUCGAGAGUGCGGUUGAGGAUCUGAUGGGUGAGAGGGAGGUCUCGAAUCCACGACCAAUGAGAAUUGGUGAUCUUCGAGCACGGUUUGCGAGUAUAGUACUUCAGGAAUGCGCGCCGUUCCCAGGAGAUGACGGAUCCGAGCCGAACGAAGAGCGAUUCCUAGUGUACAGAAUCCAGAAUUCGGAAUACUAUUGCAUCUUGGACAGCGGCACGCCUCUGAAUAUUCUUGAAGGCGAUGAGAUUAUUCAUUACUCUCACCUGGAUGAUCCUGACUUUGAGCUCGGUUACUGGUGGGCUCAGAAGUGCUGGCUAGCCCAGGGAGUUCAUCCGGACGCUGUCCACAUCGAUUAUACGGAGUCCCAGCUUCGCAAGCUGGGAGACGCGCUACUGGCAAUGAUGCUCAUUAUGCUGCAUAAGAUCGAAACGGAACAGCUGGGCAUCAAAGGCGGAGAAGAGCGAUUCGUGGGGGAAUCACUGCCAGGAAAGAUGUACUCAUUUGGGCGGAAUCACAGCCCUCGUCGUAUCAUUGUCAACGAGUCUACUCUCUUGAACCCAGACCUGGACAUUUGGGAAUGGUAUAACCGACACUUCUGGUACUGCGAGGACUCCAUAAACCCGUCGGGACCGGCCCUGUGCAAGCGGAACACACCGUCACCGGAUGAAAUAGAAGCUAGAUAUUGCCCCGAGGGGAUAUCUGCAAUGAGUGCAAGCGGAUGUGGUGACAAUCCAUCCUCCGACGAGUGGGACGGCUUGAACGACGACCUACCCGGCCUUGAGUCUGAACCAAACAGCGAUGAUGAAUCAGACCAAGACGAUGAGAAUAGUGAGUGCCACUCAGUCUGGAACGCUGCGGUCGCCGAGGCCGGAUUCAAUUUGGAGACAGCCUGGACAACGUUACCCGAAAACAAGCGGGCCCCGUGGCCACGGAGUGGAAACCGGAAGGUCGGUGAUAUCAUUGCCAAUGGGGCGAAACACAUCCUGGAACUCUGUCAGCCAUAUCCUGGAGACGCAGCGCAUGGCCCGGAAUCACCCUUAUGGGGAAGGGAACGUUUUUUGGUGGAAACCGCAUGGAGCGAAGAGGACUAUAUGGUCAGAGACGCGCUCCACGGGGUAUCAACGCUGAUACCUGGAGGACAGAUGCUGAACCCACUCUUCGAGCUGGGUUCCUGGUACGCAAGCCAACUAGCGGAGCGCCUUGGUGUCCCGAGCAAAAAUUCAGCGCUGUGCCACCAGAUUGCUGAACAGGAUUCGCUGGCUACCGGCCUGGAAUUGUACAUAAGUAAUCUUGCUAGAAAUUUUCCUGAGGCGAGGGACUUCAUGAGCAUAAGGCCGUGCUUCGGGGAAGAUGCCAACCCCCGUCCUAGCGGAUAUUCGUUCGGAUGGGCCGACAGCGAGCAGUUGGAAAGCGCGCGUGUUAUGGUAUCGGUCGGGCAGCUGAAAAACCAGAAAUUGGAUCUGCUCAACUUGCUCAUUCGACGAAUGGUGGAUGACAUACCAACGUUCGGAUGGAUCCUCGUGGAAUUACGUCGACUUGGCAUGCCAUGGGAUGCAGGUGCCGGCUGA